CCUAAUUCAGACUUAUUCAGCCUACUACAACUGAACUGUUACGAUGUCUGGAAGAGGAAAGGGAGGUAAAGGACUCGGUAAAGGAGGCGCUAAGCGUCACCGUAAAGUUCUCCGUGAUAACAUCCAGGGAAUCACCAAGCCCGCUAUCCGCCGUCUGGCUCGUCGUGGUGGAGUGAAGCGUAUCUCUGGUCUGAUCUACGAGGAGACCCGUGGUGUGUUGAAGGUGUUCCUGGAGAACGUCAUCCGUGAUGCCGUCACCUAUACCGAGCAUGCUAAAAGGAAGACCGUGACCGCCAUGGAUGUGGUUUACGCUCUCAAGAGACAGGGACGUACUCUGUACGGCUUCGGAGGUUAAACCUGUUCCUGACCCACUUAAACU